ACUUUAAUUAUGAGUCAAACAUCUUCUUAAUUACCCAAAUAAACUAAUUCAUCCUUUAAUCAUCACAAUCCAUCUUUCAUUACAAAAAUCAAACACCCAAUUUCCAAAUCAAACCUUCUUCAUCAAACAAAAAAUGGAAGACCAAAUCACACUACUAAUGGUACCUUUCCCAUCACAUGGUCAUCUAAAUCCACUCCUCCAUCUUUCUCAUCUUAUGAUCUUCUCCUACAACAUACCCAUUCAUUUCAUUUCAACCCAUACCCAUCAACCAAAGAUCCAUAUCCAUGGAUAUGGAUCCAUAUCUUCAACUAACAAGAUCCAUUUUCAUGAUUUUCAACUUCCUUCAUUACCUCUUCUAGAAGCUUCUACUCAUCUUCGUCAACCAAUUUAUAACCUAUUAAUAAAACUAGCUAAAAACUUUCGUCGUAUCAUUGUCAUUCAUGAUCUUAUAAUGUCGAACGUUGUACAAGAUUUUAAACUCUUGUCUAACGUUGAAACGUACGUCUUUAAUCCGAUUUCGGCUUUUACUUAUUUUUUAGGUGUAUGGGAAAGUAUACCAAAAGAAAUGAAACCUUUUGAAUUAGAUUUAAAUGAUGUUCUAGAAUGUUCUAUACCCUCCUCGAAAGGAUGUGUAACUCCGGAUGUGUUGGAGUUUACAAUGAAUCAAUAUAAAUAUCUCGGAUCGGAGUCAGGUUGGGUCUAUAAUACUUCUAGAAUUCUAGAAGGUAAAUAUGUGCACUUGUUAGAAAUGUUGUCUUCUAGAAGAUUGGGUGUAAAACACUUUGCUUUUGGACCAUUUAAUCCUGUGGAAUUCAAAGGUCAGCUCCUCCUCGACCACUCCGCCGAUAAUUCAGAAGAAAAUAGGCAUGAAUGUCUAAAAUGGCUGGAUGAACAAGAGAAAGAUUCAGUGAUAUACAUAGCUUUUGGGUCAACAACUUCAUUGAAAAAUGAUCAAAUUCAAGAGUUAGCAAAUGGGUUAGAAAGAUCCAUGGAGAAGUUCUUAUGGGUAAUGCAUGAAGUUGAGGAAAACUCUAAAAUAAAAAGAUUUCAUGAUCUAGAAAAGUUUGAAGAAAGAGUUAAAGGAAGGGGAAUUAUAGUAAGAGAUUGGGCCCCACAAUUAGAAAUCUUGGCACAUUCAUCAAUUGGUGGGUUUAUAAGUCAUUGUGGAUGGAAUUCGUGCAUAGAAAGUAUAAGUAUGGGAGUUCCUAUUGUGGCUUGGCCUAUACAAUAUGAUCAACCAAGAAAUGCAACUUUGAUUUGUGGGGUACUAAAAGUUGGUAUGAUGGUUAGAGAUUGGGAGCAUCAUGAGCAACUUGUAAUGUCAAAUACAAUAGAAAAAGUGGUGAAAAUGUUGAUGAAAUCUAAGGAAGGAAAUGAGAUGAGGCAAAGGAGUGCUAUGUUAGGUGAAAUUCUAAGAGGAUCUAUUGGUGAAGGUGGCGUUUCUUCUGUAGAGAGGGAAGCUUUUUUUGCCCAUAUCAAUAGAUGAUAUUAAUUGUUAAGUAUAUUUGGCAGCGGCAGAGUAAAAAUAGAUACGAUCUUUUGAUGCUCGAUAUAAUGAUUUUUAUAAUUUGUGGCCUAUAAAAGGUUUAUGUUUAGGCAUCUUACACAUGUUCAGAACCACCAUAAAUUCUUGUCAUAUAAAUUAUAUUUGAAAUAAGAACUAACUGUAGCUUUAUAUGUUUGUGUGGUUUCCAAUCUAAAUUGGAUUUUAUUUGGAUUUUCUUAUUUUAUUAAAAAAAUCAUAUUAGUUGAUAAAAGAAACUUAAUUUUUUAUUAUAAAAA